AUGGACGAUACAACACCGUCCAAGUCACCGCCGGUCACAGCACUAGUGCUUGACUUGGAUCCGGAGGCAGCGAAGCUAAUCGAUUUGCGAAAUCAGGUAGUAUCUUGCCCUGACAAGGAUUUGUCUGAGAAAAUUGAACGGCUUCGUAUAAAUAAGUACAUCAUCGGAGCACAGACGUACAAUAUUGAUCCAAGACCGACCCUCAACAAGAACCCGUUUGUGGAAGUGACGAAUUUCCGGAUCAUCGAGCCGAAUAACGUGAAGAGUUCUCAAGUGGAGCACGCGUUUGAUGAUGGAGUUUAUCGUGUACUAAGUAAGGAUUUGGGGGCUGAUGAUGGACCAACGUAUUGA